AUGGAUCAGAGUUGGAUAAAUUUUUUACGCACAACAAAUGAAUAUGAGAAUGGAGUGGAAGAAUUUCUUGAAUUUGCAAAUAUGAAUGUUCUGGAUAAUAAUGGAAAAUUCUACUGCCCGUGUGUUAAUUGUUUGAAUGAGAGAAAACUACCAACUGACAUUAUUGGGGAGCACGUUCUUUGUGAUGAUUUCUUAAAGAGCUACACAAAGUGGAUAUGGCAUGGUGAAUUAAUAGACAUGCCAAGUGUAGAUGUGUCUGAAGCAGAAGAAGUUGAUUUAGAGAUGGAUGAUCAAAUGGAGGAAAUGAUUCGUGAUAUUGGACAUGAUUCCUUUCAACGUGCGAAUGUGUAUGACAAUUUGUGCAAUGACGCAGAAAAACAUCUGUACGCAGAAUGCACUAAGUAUACUCGAUUGUCAGCGGUAUUAAAAUUGUUCAAUGUGAAGGCAAAAAAUGGGUGGACUGAUAAAAGCUUCACAGAAUUACUUGAGUUGUUGAGUGACAUGCUUCCUAAAGGUAACACGUUGCCAACACGCAAUUAUGAUGCGAAGAAGAUAUUGUGUCUGAUGGGUAUGGAGUAUCAAAAAAUUCAUGCAUGCCCAAACGAUUGUGUCUUGUACAGGAAGGAGUUAGCCAUGUUACAUCAAUGUCCAUGGUGUGGGGUGUCAAGAUACAAACAGAAACAUAGUGAGUUUGAAUCUGAUAGUAAGGGUCCUCCAGCAAAAGUUUUGUGGUAUCUUCCUGUAGUUUCACGGUUGAAACGUUUAUUCAGCAAUGCAAAUGAUGCAAAACUCAUGAGAUGA